AUGGCCUCUCCUCAGCCACCAUACCAAGACGGCGCGGAAGCUGCUGAAGGUGGUCAGCAAUAUGCUCAGGAUGGCGGCGCACAUGAUCAACAAGGCGAGACAUCAGCGCCAGGGGCUGCGGCAGGAGGGAAGAAGAAGCGUGCAUACGCAGGACAAGCAUAUGAAUUUGGUGUAGGUGGAAAUGUUGGCCAGCCGCCUCCACCAGGCGGCCAAUACCCAGGCCAAGCUGCUCCUCAGAUGAUGGGUGGAGGUGGAUAUGGAUACCAAGCCGGAGCACCUCAACAACCUGCAUAUGGCAUGCCUGCUCAGCCAGCCUACGGUGAUCCCAAUAUGGGCAGUCCGGCUCCUCAACAAGUGCCAUAUGGCCAGCCUCAGCAAGCUCCUUACGGCCAACCUCAAUACGAUCCUCAAGGAGGCUAUCAGGCGCCUGCUCCUGGAUACCCAACUCCUGGAAUGCCACAGCAGCAGGGAAUGCAAGGAAUGACACAGCAGUUCUCGCAAAUGCAAAUGGGUGGACACCCUCCUGCGCCGCAGCCUCAGCAGCCUGUUGCUGCGCAAUUGAAGCUGAACUCGCUACAGCCCGUGGACAUCAGCAUGCAAGGCCAGCCUUUCCACGUCAGCGAUUUGGACCAGCCACCUCCACCCAUCAUUCUGCCUCCAAACGUGAGUCUUUGAGUUUUGGAAAUCCUUCGAACGCUUGCUGACCAGUUGCGCAGUCGUCUGUCACUCCCUCUCCGCACGCAAACUGCUCGCCUAAAUAUGUUCGGUCGACCCUCAAUGCAAUGCCUGCAACAGCUUCUCUGCUCAAGAAGAGCAAAUUGCCUUUUGCGCUGAUCAUUCAACCCUAUGCCGCCCUUCACGAUGCCGAGGACGACGUUCCCGUACAAUACGAUCAAGUUAUUGCUCGCUGCAGAAGAUGUCGGACAUACAUGAACCCAUUCGCGAGCUUCUUGGACCACUCGCACAGGUGGAGAUGUAAUAUGUGCAAUCUCACAAACGACGUACCUCAGAGUUUCGAUUGGGACAGCGUGAAGCAGCAGUCAGUGGACAGAUGGCAGAGACCCGAGCUCAACUGUGCGGUGAGCGAAUUUGUUGCGCCGCAAGAGUACAUGGUUCGAGCACCCCAGCCAUUGAUAUACUUGUUCAUGUUCGACGUCAGCUACGCGGGUGUUAGCAGCGGACUCUUGGCGACUGCUGCGCGAUGCAUUCUGGAGAGCUUGGACAGGAUACCCAAUACUGAUCGGAGGACGAGACUUGGCUUUAUGGCAAUUGACAGCUCUCUCCACUACUUCAGCAUACCUCGCGAUGGCAGCGAGAAUAACGAUGCCAGAAUGCUGGUAGUAAGCGAUCUGGAUGAGCCUUUCUUGCCAACGCCAGAGGACCUGCUGGUCAACCUGACCGAAUGCCGUGCGAAUAUUGAGGCUUUCCUUGGCAAGCUCCAAGGCAUGUUUGCAAACACCCAAAACCCUAGCUCCGCUAUGGGAUCAGCACUUCGAGCCGGCCACAAGCUUAUCAGUCAUGUCGGUGGUAAGAUGGUCGUUCUCUCCGCAACUCUGCCGAACGUAGGCUAUGGCAAACUUGACAUGAGGGAAGACAAGAAGCUUCUUGGCACCUCGAAAGAGAACAGCUUGCUGCAGACGCAGAACAGCUUCUACAAGAGCUUUGCCGUGGAAUGUAGCAAGACGCAGGUGUCCAUCGACAUGUUCCUGUUCAGCGCACAAUACCAGGACGUGGCCAGCUUGAGCAAUCUUCCGAGAUAUACUGGUGGUCAGACCUACUUCUACCCGGCUUGGAAUGCUGCCAGGACAGAAGAUGCGAUGAAAUUCGCGACCGAGUUCAGCGACUAUCUAUCUUCGGAAAUCGGACUGGAAGCUGUCUUGCGUGUACGAACGACGACGGGCUUGCGACCAAGCGCCUUCUACGGCAACUUUUUCAACCGAUCGAGUGACCUGUGCGCUUUCCCCGCCAUGCCCAGGGAUCAAGCAUACGUCGUGGAGAUCGCUAUCGAUGAGAGCAUCACGAAAUCUUUCGCCUGUCUGCAAGUCGGUGUACUCCAUACCACUUGCAACGGGGAGCGACGAAUCCGCGUGAUGACGCUCAGCAUUCCGGUCACGCAGAACAUGGCAGACGUGUAUGCUGGUGCUGAUCAGCAAGCCAUCACUGCCUACUUCUCGCACAAGGCUGUCGAGAGAGCGCUUUCAAGCGGUCUUGAUGCGGCGAGAGAUGCCUUGCAGGCCAAGAUGAUCGAGCUGCUGCAGACUUACAAGAAAGAGCUCGGUGGUGGCAAUAUGGGCGGCGGUGGCCUUCAAUUUCCGGCCAACCUGCGAGCGAUGCCGAUGCUCUUCUUGGGCUUGAUGAAGCACGUAAGUGAACGAAGUACGCAAGUCUUUUGCAGGUGACUAUACUAACUACUCUCUAGCUUGGUCUCCGUAAAUCCGCACAAAUCCCGACGGAUCUCCGGUCUGCGGCUCUCUGCCUACUAUCAACACUACCUCUACCGCUGUUGAUGCAAUACAUUUACCCGCGACUGUACUCUCUGCACGACAUGCCGGACGACGCUGGUCUGCCUAACCCCGAGACUGGUGCCAUUGUCAUGCCACCUGCACUCAAUUUGACAUCCGGCAACAUCGUCCCAUACGGACUCUAUCUCAUCGACGACGGCCAGACCCAAUUCUUGUGGCUCGGCCGUGAUGCCGUGCCUGCUCUCAUCAACGACGUCUUCGGCAUCGAAGACAAGAACCAGCUCAAGCAAGGCAAGACUUCUCUUCCUGUCCUCAACACGGAGAUGAACGAACGGGUCCGCGCUGUUGUCGAAAAGUCGAGAGACCACAAGGGCAAGGGAUGCGGAAGUAUUACCGUGCCUCCGCUCUACUUGAUCCGGGAGGACGGCGAGCCUUCCUUGAGACUUUGGGCGCAGACGAUGCUUGUGGAGGAUCGGGCGGAUCAGGGGGUCAGUGGGGCCAUGUUCAUUGGAAUGUUGAGGGAGAAGGUUGUUUCGUAG